UGUAGGCAUGGAGAGGAGAGUCGCAGAGCAGCUCGGCUCUUCUCGUGGCUAAUGUGAUGACAGCUGAUUACAUCGACACCCGCAGAGGACCACAGCCGUGCCGCUUUCUGCGUGUCAACAUGUUCUAAUGCCCGCAAACAAAACCACGCAGCUCUUCUAGGAAAUAAUGACUCGGCGAACACCUCCGAGGCUGUGGGACGCGUAGCUGUUAAAAAGUUGCGGUGUCGUGGAGAAGGGCAACUCCGCCAACACCGCACCACAUCACCAGGCUCGAGAAGUUGGGUAUCUAGUCUGACUGGAUCUAACGGCCUGGUCCCAAAAGGUUAUGAGUAAUGGAAGCAGGAUCUGUGGUGCGCGCUGUGUUUGAGUUUCUCCCCAGCGUCUCCGAGGAGCUACCACUAUUUACUGGUGAUGUCAUCGAGGUGCUCAGUGUCGUGGAUGAGUUCUGGUUGCUCGGCAACAAAGAUGGCGUUACAGGUCAGUUCCCCAGCACCUUUGUGGAAGAGGUCACCAUUCCCAGCACCAAGCCUGGAGACAGACUGUAUGUGUGCAUUAAUGAUUUCAGCUCAGCAGAGCCAGGAAAUCUGUCCCUGAAGAGAGGUGAUGUGGUAGUUGGGGAGGCGGGAGGGUCCGUGGACCUUGGGGAAAUCUGGCAACGUGGCUGUAAUGCCUGGGGUGCCCGUGGUCUCUUCCCGACAUCAUGUGUGAAGGAGCUGACCCUUUCGUGCCGUUCCCGGCAGCUGUCUGAGCGCUCAGCCCAGGCCCAGGCGUCAGAGCUCCCACCUUAUGCUCUAGGUCAAGCCCGGGCCCUUAUGAGCCUCCAUGCGCAGCUCAGUGAGGAGCUGGACUUCCGUGAGGGGGACGUGAUCAUCAUCACAGGCCUGCCUGAGCCGGGCUGGUUCCAGGGCGAACUUGAUGGCCGCAGGGGAAUCUUCCCAGAGGGGUUUGUGGAGCUAUCAGGUCCCCUUCGGUCUCCUCAGGAACCUGUAGACUCCCAGUAUUUGAAUAAAGACCCUCAGCCGUGCAUCUACGAGGAAACCUUUGAGGCUGAAGAGGGGAAUGAGGAGGCAGGAAUGGAAGAAGAGGAGGAAACGUUGAGAGAGGAAGAAGAACAAAAAGUAGUCGAGGAAGAGCAGGAGGAAGAGGAGGGCGGAGUCUAUGGAGUAGCACUGUAUGAGUUUCGGGCCAUGGAACCAGGCGAGUUGGACUUUGAUGUGGGGGAUCGAAUCCGUAUUGUCGGUACAUUGGAAGAUGGUUGGCUAGAGGGACAGGUGCGAGGGCAGCGGGGUAUCUUUCCUCAUCGCUUUGUCAAAAUAGAGGGGCAUGUGCAAAAAAUUGCUGAAGAAACAGGUGUUGUUGAGCCGGAAGAAGAGAAGGAGAUCAGCAAUACUGAACACACCUCUGAUCAUUUAUGUCCCAAUGAUCCAGAGAAAGAGUGGAGCAUGUAUGAGGAUCACACAGUGUGGGACCUGGACUACUUCGAGAGGGCUGAGGAGCACCAGUGGGCAUGUGAAAACAAAAGUACUGUUGCUCAGACUGUUAACGCAGGGCAGACAGACUGUAGUCAAAGGGCUGACUCUCAGCCACGUAGACCUGCCCCCCCAGCACAAAGGGGGUCUCAGAGACCCAAAUCCACUCCUCCAGCAAGGCCCAGGCUGCCACCAAGGCCUAACUUUCCCCUCCAUAGCCAUAGGCAGCACGCUGGCCCAGCUUCUAGCAGAAAUCUGCCUACCUCUACCAAUGGUAACCAUCGGCCUUUACAACCCAAGCUAACUCAUAGCCUAACACUUCAUAACACCCAACCUGGGUGGUCUAAAGACAGCAAAUAUUACCAGAGGCAGCAAAGAAAUAACGCCUCCAUCAAUAACAGAGGUCAGGCAUUAAACAGUGUGGAGGGCCAAAAGUAUAAGAGGCUAACUCGCCAUGCAAGUGCCAGCGAUGCUGAUAUGAUGAGCUCUGAGAUCCGCCUGAGGAACCAACAGAUGACACGUCGCUCUAAUGGGGUGCUGCCUACAUCCGUAACCUUAGAAACCUUGGCAAGCUCGACCAGUGACCUGGAGACGAAGCUGUCACAGCAGCUCUUUGAAUUUGAGAAAAGCUUGAGCAAUCAGCCCCAUAUCUCACGGCACUUUUCUAUCCUGGACUACAAAGAUGAAAGGGAUAUCAUUCGAGGCUCCUCGCACUCUCCUGUGUCCCACCUCCUGCAGUCUGACUCUCAUUCUUUGGAAAGACGCAGAACCCUCCGCCCUCCGCCUCCUCGUCCCAGAGCCACGCGCCCACCAGCCCCAGCUGCGUACAAACCGACUCGCCCGGCUCCACGCCCUCCUCCCCAGUGCCUGAGACAGAAUCGCACUACUCCUCCAACCGGCAACUCCCUCAUCAACACGCCCAUCUUUUACACCCCUGAUGAGCCAGCUACAGACCUCCUCGACCAAACAACAGGAGGCCAGGUUGAGCCGGGCGACCCUGAAGCUGCCCAGGAACAUGAGAUCCAGUGUCAGCUUGAGGCAGAGCAAGAGCUGGAGAGAGAUGGAGAGAUGGAGCUAGAGACUCAGACACAGAGGGAGGAAGAGGAGGAGGAAAGGCAACAGCUGUUGCUACGGCUACAAGAAGUGGAGCGCGACAUGGAGGCUUACGCACACACGGCGGAGGAACUCAGGGCGAUGCUGGAGGAGGAGGAGCAGGAUGAGACGGCCCGCGUCCAGGCCUUGGAGAAUCUAGAGUUCUGCAAUUACACGCUGGAGACACUGGCCCUGGAGCAGCAGCAGCUACAAGAGAUGACACUUUUGCCGUCUGAACCUAAAACUCUGGAGUCCGCCCCCGUCUCCACGACGCCCACCCCCAGCACGGGCUCUGAGGAUCCAGAGACGAGGAUGCUAGAGAAGAGGUCAAAGGUCAUCGAGGAGCUGCUGCAGACAGAGAGGGACUACAUCAAAGACCUUCAAAUGUGUGUCGAGGAGAUCAUUGAGCCUCUGCAGCAGAAGCAGGUGAAGAACGUGGAUUACGAGGGGCUCUUUGGCAACAUCAGCUCAGUGAUUGACCUGUCACAGCGGCUGUUGAAUUCACUGCACGAGACAGACUCCAUAGGUAAGGUAUUCCUGGACUUCAAGGUAGAAUUGGAGGAGGUUUACAAGCUCUACUGCCAAAAUCACGAUGAUGCCAUCUCUUUGCUGGAGGCCUACGAGAAAGACGAAAGCAUCCAACACCACGUGUUGGAGUGUCUAAAGAGACUGAGGGCCAUUUAUCUCGAGUGGGGUAAAACGAAUUACAUCAACCUGGGCUCGUUCUUGAUUAAGCCGGUGCAGCGGGUGAUGCGUUACCCGCUGCUGCUGACGGAGUUGCUUGGGGCCACCCCGGAGAGCCACCACGACCGGGCCCAGCUCACUAAGGCUGUGCAGGCCAUCAAGGACAUCAACGUAAACAUCAACGAGUACAAGCGCCGAAAAGAUCUCGUGGUGAAGUACAGGAAAGGGGACGAAGACACAUUCAUCGACAAGAUCUCCAAGCUGAGCAUGCACUCGAUUAUCAAGAAGUCGAACCGCGUCAGCAGCCACCUGAAGCAACUCACAGGAAUUUCACCACAGAUUAAAGAUGAAGCGUUUGAUGAAGCUGAAAAAAGGUUCAGGCUGCAAGAGAGACUCAUCAAGUCCUUCAUCAGAGACAUUUCCCUGUACCUGCAGCAUAUCAGGGAAUCGGCAUCUGUGAAGGUCCUGGCAGCCAUCAGUUUCUGUGACAUCUACACUGAGCGCAGUGUGCUGGAUCCCGACCGAUUUCAGAGAGCUCACCGCUACAUCAGCGACAAAAAGUUUACAGAAUUUAAGGAGCGCACAGAGGCCUUAGUCAUCAACCCGCUCACCCAGCUCCUCCUCAUGUUUGCCGGGCCCCACAAACUCAUCCAGAAGCGCUUCGAUAAGCUGCUGGACUACGACAACUGCAAGGAGCGCGCCGAUCGCUUUAAAGACAGACGCACCCAGGAAGAGCUGCAGGUGACGCGCAAUACUUACGAAGCGCUCAACGCCCAACUUCUGGACGAGCUACCGAAGUUCCACGGCGUGGCAGAAGAGCUUUUUACAGGCUGCGUGAGGGCUUUCGCUCAAGCCCAGAAGGACUUCAUGAAGACGACGCUGGGAGAGCUGAAGCCACUCCUACAGGUUUUUUCUAACAAAGUUGGCACAGGGAGCAACCUGAUUUCACAGUUUCAAGAAGAGCACAGUCAAGUCCUCCAGCUUCUUCAGAGCUUUAGCUUCUGCCCAGAGAACCUGCCUCCGGCCACCGCCGCCACAAAAAAGCCCUUUGAGAAGAAAACUCUGGAGAAGCAGACUUCUAAAAAGCAAGUCCAGGGACCUCCCAGCCAUGUCCCGCAGACAGACGAGCACCGUGCAGAACUUCUGGUGCGCUUUGGCCCUGAGAAACUUUACCAGGCAGAUAGGAAUUUUAACGCUGCGCAGGAUCUGGAUGUCUCUAUACAAGAGGGAGACCUUGUGGGUGUAAUCAAGCAGCAGGACCCCAUGGGAAGCCAGAACCGCUGGCUAAUUGAUAAUGGAGUCGGCACGGGUUUCGUAUACAGCUCCUUCCUCAAACCCUACAACCCACGAAGGAGCCAUUCAGACGUCUCCAUCGAGAGCCAGUCGUCCAAUGAGUCGGGCUACGGCGGCUCCUCCCCUGUUUUCUCCCGCCAGAACAGCAACAGCACGCUGACCUUUAACCAGGAAACGGCCACUGUCAGCUUUACGCAAUCCCAGAGCCAUUCAUCCCCACAGCCGUCGCUGGACUCCGCCUCAUCUCGUAAGAGUCACCAGAAAGACAUAGCCCAGCCCGACUCUGCCAGUCAGAGCAACUCCAUGAACUCUUCACCCCGAAACCCCUCAAACCGCAAGGAGUUUUCAGAUCAAACGCACCGAAAUACCUCCAGUCACAGAGAAGUAGAGCCUUCUUACCGGCACUCGGGCAGUCACAGAGACUCGUACGACACGAGUUACGGAAGUUCAAGUGGACACAAGGAGAUGUCGGACCUCUCUGAGACAGACUCUUAUUCUUCACAACGUGACAAUCGCUCACAGCGGUAUGGAGACACGGACAAAAGCUACAGUUCAUAUCAGUGGAGAAAUGGAGACAGCAGCAAUCAGAAGAAACCUGUUUAUUCCAGAGAGGAGUACAUCGAGCCAGAACCAGAACCAGAACCAGAACAGGAGAGUGAAGUGGACGGACAUCAGAUCUACUAUGCCCUCUACUCCUUCACUGCCCGUUGCGCCAAUGAACUGAGCAUCUCAGCCAAUGAGCGACUGCGAAUUAUCGAAUUCAAGGACAUGAACGGCAACAGCGAAUGGUGGCUGGGGGAGGCGGGCGGGCGGCGAGGAUAUGUGCCUUCCAACUAUAUACGCAAAUCCGAAUAUACAUGAACAAAUGUUGCGGGGAAGAAAUGAGACUGAACUUUAAGAGGCAUUAAGAAGGUUUUACUCUGUGAACAAAGACAGAACAAAGAGACAAGAAAGUGAAGUGUUGUCUGACCAGUGCUGCAAACCGCCCCUGAAAGUCUAUAUUUAUAGACUUUUUCUUUUUUAAUUAUUAUUUUUUUACUUGCUGAAAAACUGCACGCUCCCCAAGCCCUACUCAGUUUCCUGUGGGGGGAAAAAAAACCUGUGAAUUGGAACAAACUUGCCAUAUUUCUUUUUUGGGGUUUCAGUUACGAGAACAGUCUUUAGGAUCAGCUCAUUGGGAGAUUGCAAUGAAGAUGUGAAUGUUUUUAGUUCAGACUGACUCUUAAAGCAUUGAGUGGUAUGUGCACAGACUGACCUGACACUGUGUUAACCCCUUUUUUUCUUUUUUUCCUGCAUGUGGUUUGUUCCACCACUGUAGUGGUAACUAUGAGAUGAAUUUAUAACAUUCAGUUGAAUAAUCAGUGUUUGAGGCAAAGUUUGAAGUGUCUGCAGAGCCAUCAGCAGGAGUUUGGGGUGUUGGACUGAAAUCAACAUUCGUCAUAUAGUUUACAAGCACUCCUUUUAACUUUUGGGUGAACUGACUCCCUGUAAACUGGUUCUUUAAGAGAACAGGAGAGGGAGACUUGCAGUCUGAUUGGACCCUUCUUCACAUGCUUCCCAUGUAUUUUAUAGGAUAUAUGAUGCUGUAUAUUGAGAUGGUAUUGUACCCACUGUAAAGUGAUCACUGAAUAAAAAACAAACAGCUCAGCUGAAAAAAAUGA